AUGGCAUUAAAAUUAUCAUGUUUAUCAAGAAAACGAAAACGUUUUAAUACAAAUCAAACAUUAUUUGAUGAUUUAACAAAUGAAAUUUAUUAUGAAAUAUUUGAUUAUUUAACAUAUAAUGAUAUAAUCAAAUCAUUUUCUAAUUUAAAUAAUCGUUUUAAACAAAUAAUUGGAAACUAUCCGCAUAAUAUUAAUCUUGACAUAGACAAAAAUAUUCCAAAAUUUAUUCGUUCAUUAAAAAUAACAUUAAAUUCUCAAUUAGAUAUAUUUAAUUCAUUAAAAACAAAUCAAUUCUUAUCACUUCGUUCAAUAACAAUAUCGAAUUUACGUUAUAAUGAAAUUAAUCAUAUAUUAAAUAGAAUUCCAUCAACACAAUUAGAAUAUAUUUAUAUUGGAAUAUGUGUUAAUGAUCAAAAAGAAGAUUUUUCAAAAGUUUUAUCCUUACUACAAAUACAAAUUCUUAAUUUAACUCAAUAUCGAUUAAAAUGUUGUCGGUUCAAAGAUCAAUUUUCGAUUCCUAUUCAAGAUUUACCUGAAAAAUUUCCUCAGCUGGAACAUUUACAAAUCAAAUCCUGUAAAAAUUUUUCUUAUCUUUCACAAAUUCUUAAUCGAACAACAAAAAUUAGAUCAAUUGAUGUUUCAAUAAGAGAGUCUUGUCAACAAACAUUAGUCAUAUCAAAUCAAUAUUAUUUAACAUAUCUCAUUCUUCGGCCAUUUCAUGAAUGUACAAUCGAUGAAUUAAAUCAUUUUAUUCAAAAAUGUUGCUUUUAUUUAAAAAAAUUAAUCAUUCAAAUAUAUGUGUAUACAGUUAAUCAACCAAAAUUACUUAAUAUUAAUAAAUAUCAAUGGAUAAAUAUAUUUCCAAAACAAUUAAAUUAUUUUUAUUUAAAAUCAAUUCCAACUGCAUCAAUUCAUCUGGAUAAAAACUUUUCAACUGAAUAUUUAGAAACUCCUUUAAAUGAAAAUAUAAAUUUGAUAUCUGAUCAAAAUCAAGAACAUAUUUGUCGAAUUAUAAUUGAUGGAAUUUUAAUUAAAUAUUGGAAUAAAGAUAUUCAAUAA